GAACAAUCUUUAAAAAACAUAGAGUAAUGGUAAAUUUACUUAUGCACAUAUAUUAUUGAUUAGAUUUUUUAAUCAAGUUUGAUUUUUUAAAAUCUUGUUUGAUAUUAUUAAUCAAUAAUAUAUCAACCCAAAAACAUUUUCUGCCUCCUAUAAAAGGACUAAAGAACGUCAUCUUUGUAACAAGCACACAAAUCACAAUAUCCAACUAAAAAAGCUAAGCAAAGUUAGCAAACUCCAAAGAUAUGGCAUCCGAAGGUAUGGUGAAAGUAGACAAGUACAGGACUUUCUUGCAUGAAGAUGCAACGAACGAAGACAUAGUUUGGAGGCAUGGUGCUCCACCUACAUAUGAUGCUGUCAACAAACUCUUUGAAGAAGGCAGGCAAAAGGAAUGGCCAAAAGGGUCACUAGAAGAGACGGUUCAAAAUGCAAUCAAGUCGUGGGAGAUGGAGCUCUCUCACAAACCUCGCUUGCAGGAUUUCCGCACUAUUAAUCCUGAUAAAUUCAAGCUUUUUGUUAAUGGUAGGGAAGGUUUAUCAGGAGAAGAAGCUCUGAAGAUUGGGAGCUAUAAUGCUUUGCUAAAGACUUCUUUACCUAAGAACUUCCAAUACUACAAAGCUGAAGAAGAGAGCUUCGAGUCCUCUCAUGAAGUGUUUCGGUCAGCUUUACCUCGUGGAUUCGCAUGGGAAGUGAUAUGUGUUUAUUCUGGACCUCCAAACAUUGCUUUCAAGUUUAGGCAUUGGGGCUAUUUUGAAGGUCCUUACAAAGGUCAUGCUCCUACAGGGGAGAUGGUCGAGUUUUAUGGUCUUGGCGUUCUCAAAGUAGAUGAAUCUCUACUUGUAGAGGAUGCGGAUAUCUACUAUGACCCUGCAGAAUUGUUUGGAGGACUUUUGAAAGGAGAGACAACAAUAGGUCAAGGUCAAGGUCAAGAUCAAGAUCACAAAGCUGUUCAGGGCUCUGGUUGUCCCUUGGGCCAUUAAAUUUGCUACCGUAUUACUUUUCUUCUAAAUAGGUGCUUUGCAUCUUUGAAUUAGUUUUUUUAAUUUGUUAAACGUUAUUUGUUGUUUAAAGUAGACCUUUUGUGAGAAAUGUUCCUUUGUAUUAAUUAAAAGUGGCAAAUCCAAGUAAUUAAAGUAAUGAAUGAUUAAUGAAAGUUGAGGAAAAGAUUAUUUAU